GCAUCCAGAGAGAGGAUCUGCAAUAGUCUCCUGAAGCAGGAGCGUGAACACCAGCUCUGACCACCUGAGACACCCCUCCUGCUCCAAAGACUAUAACUCCAUUUGUCUUUCUGAGGCCUCCACUAACCCUGUACCACAAGGAUGGAGCCACUACUAGGAGCAAAAAUUGGCUGCCUAUUUGCCCUGCUGGUGCUCACUCUGGUCUGUGGCCUUAUUCCCAUCUGCUUCAAAUGGUUCCAGACUGCUACAGCCACAGGUUGUCACCGCCGGGUCCUCAGUUUCCUGGGCUGCACGUCUGCUGGCGUUUUCCUGGGAGCGGGGUUCAUGCACAUGACCGCCGAAGCCUUGGAGGGAAUUAAAUCAGAGAUCCAGAACUUGGUGAUACAGAACAGGACAAAGAGUGAGGGGCAUUCUGAUGAUGGUGCUGAUUCAGCUUAUAUGGACUAUCCCUACGGAGAGCUCGUCAUCUCCCUGGGCUUCUUCCUUGUCUUCUUUUUGGAGUCGCUGGCAUUGCAGUGCUGUCUGGGGGCUGCUGAGACACCCGAAGUGCAGGAACUGGGGACAGCUCAUGAGCUUGAACCUCACAGCCAUGGAUUUCUCCCCUCCCCCUCACGGGGUCCCUUUCGGGCCCUCAUCCUCUUGCUCUCUCUCUCCUUUCACUCCGUGUUUGAAGGUCUCGCUGUGGGGCUGCAGCUCACAGUCGCUUCUACGGUGCAGCUCUGUCUUGCUGUCCUUGCUCACAAGGGGAUCGUAGUGUUUGGCGUGGGACUGCGGCUGGUGCAGGUAGGCACUGAAUCACGCUGGGCCAUGCUCUCCAUUCUGUCUUUAGCUCUCAUGUCCCCCCUGGGCCUAGCCGUGGGGCUGGCCGUGCCUCAAGGAGACUCUAAAGCUGGACAAGGUUUGGCUCAGGCUGUGUUAGAAGGCAUGGCAGCUGGUACGUUCCUGUAUGUCACCUUCCUGGAAAUUCUGCCCCGGGAACUCGCAAGUCCUGAAGCCCCUCUGGCCAAGUGGAGCUGUGUAGCUGCUGGUUUUGCUUUUAUGGCUGUCAUUGCCUUGUGGGCCUGAGAGAUUCCUGACUUUUCUGAUGGACCCAAGAUGACCUACCUACCCCCAGGAGAAGCUGCUCAAAUGCCUUCACCCUCUGACAUUUCUUCCCUGAGACACAGUGACAUUUACUAGGUAUUAUGCCGUAACCUGGACCCCAACUUUUCACCACGUGAGAUGCCAUUUCUCAUACAGGACUGAGAAAAAGUUGUUUUGGUUGAGUGCUUAUAAAUGAGAGGAUUUGACUCUUGUCCCGUUUAUGCUGUUAUGUGUAAUAAAAUGUCAUUUUGCCCUUC